AUGGAAAUCUUUGACUUCGAGGAUGUCAUGCUGGUACCCCGCAAGGGUGUGCUGGAGAGCCGCGCCAUGGCCGACGUGUCGGCUCAGCUGGGAAAACGCAGGUUCCGCAUCCCGCUCAUGGCUGCCAACAUGCCUGCGGUCAUUGACGAGAACAUCGCCAUCGAGCUUGCGAAACGCGACUACUUCUACGUCAUGCACAGGUUCAACAUCGACACCGUGGAGUUCGCCCGCAAGAUGCGCGAGCUCGAGCUCUUCGUCUCCAUCUCCAUCGGGGUCCAGCCGGACUCCUACAAGGUGGUUGAGGAGCUCAAGGCAGCGAACCUGGUCCCCGAGUACCUCACCAUUGACGUCGCCCACGGCCACGUCGAGGCCAUGCGCAAGAUGAUCGCCUUCGUGCGCACCAACUUCGGAGACGAGACCUUUAUCAUUGCUGGAAAUGUAGCCACUGCGCAGGGCGUGCGUGACCUGGAGAGCUGGGGUGCCGACGCCACGAAAGUGGGCCUUGGUCCUGGUUACGUCUGUAGCACCUCUACUCGCACCGGCUUCGGCACGCGCAACUGGCAGCUGUCCGCUAUCCGGGAGUGCGCCCGCGCAGCUCACAAGGUAGUAAUCGCUGAUGGUGGCUGCCGUAUGAGCGGUGACAUCGUGAAGGCCAUCCACAUGGGCGCCGACUGGGUGAUGUCGGGGUACUUCUACACCGGGUUCAUUCAGACCCCCGGCGAAACCCAGGUGAAGGACGGCAUCAAGGUCAAGAGCUACUACGGAAACGCUUCGGCUGUGAACAAGCAGAACGCCCACCGCGUGGAGGGCAUCGAGGUGUUCGUGCCCUGCGGCGGCUCACUUUACGAGAAGAUGGUGGAGAUCGAGCAGGACCUGCAGUCUGCCGUGUCAUUUGCUGGAGGCGUUUGCAUUAAUGACGUCCGCAACUGCGAGCACGUCAUUAUCCCCAGGCGCAGGUAG